UAUAAUAAGAACUUACCUGGACGGCGAGGAUUGACUAAUGAGUUUCGUAUCGGGUUGGAACUAUUUUUGAAUUUUGCUAGUAGUAAAUAUGAGUUCAUGGAUAGAAACAAGUUAAGGUGUCCAUGUAAAAAGUGCAGUAAUGGAAAAUUUCUAGACAUUGAUAAAAUUAGAGAACAUCUUUGUAGAUUUGGGUUUACUCCGAACUAUUAUAAUUGGACUAGCCAUGGUGAACCAUUUAUAUAUGAUGACGGAUAUCGAAGAAGCGAUCAAUUUUCAGUUAGGGAAGAAUGUAGCUAUUUCGAACAAUUAAACCCAUAUCAGGGGAUGGUGUUUGAUGAAGCCGGUCAUAACUUGGAUUCAGAAUUGAAUCAUACAAGUACUAGUUUCACUCCUGCACCUGAACAAGUGGGAACUAGUCAUGCAGCAGAAUUAGAAGAGAUAGGAGUUACAGGUUGUGAUGAGAAUGUGUGUGACGGAACUUCUCAAUGUAAUAAUUUCCGGGAAAUGUUGGAAAAGGCAGAUGAACCUUUAUGGGCAGGUUGUGACAACCACACGAAGGUAUCAGUGAUAGCAAGACUGUUAAAUAUCAAGGCAGAGCAUAAUGUGUCUGUGGAUUGCUUCAACUCUUUUGUUGAAGUAAUGCGGGAAACAAUGCCUCGUGAUAACAUCAUGCCAAAUGACUUUUACGAUAUGAAAAAGUUGGUGGAUAACUUAGGUCUUCCAGUUGUACGGAUUGAUGUAUGUGCUAUGGGUUGUAUGUUAUAUUGGAGAGAUGAUGAAUAUGCAGAAUCUUGCAAAUUCUGUAACCAACCUAUGUACAAGAUUAACAGGAGGCAGGGUCGUAAUCAGAAGCGUAGACCAUGCAAGCAAAUGUUUUAUUUACCCUUAAUCCCCAGGUUGCAAAGGCUUUAUGCGUUGCAAGCCACUGCUGAAUACAUGACUUGGCAUGCAAAUCAUGAAACAGAAGAGGAUCUAAUGUGUUAUCCUUCAGAUGCAGAGGCAUACCAACAUUUUGAUAGAACAUACCCCGAGUUUGCGCUAGAGCCUCGAAACAUCAGGUUAGGUCUGUGUGCUGAUGGAUUUGCCCCAUUUGGGAAAUCAGGAAAAAGUUAUUCAUGUUGGCCAGUUAUCUUAACUCCGUAUAAUCUUCCACCCGGUAUGUGCAUGAAGAUACCUUAUAUGUUUUUGACAUUGAUUGUGCCUGGCCCGCAAAAUCCGAAAAAGGGCAUAGAUAUUUAUAUGUAACCAUUGAUUGAAGAGUUACAACGGCUAUGGGUUGAAGGUGUCCCUACGUAUGACGUUUCUACCGACCAAACAUUUAUAAUGAAGGCUGCGCUUCUUUGGACGAUAAAUGACUUCCAUGCUUAUGGAAUGUUAUCUGGAUGGAGUACAGCUGGGAUCUUAGGAUGUCCGAUUUGUAUGGAGAGAUCGAAGGCUUUUAGAUUAAAACAUGGUAAGAAGGCCCGCUAUUUUGAUUGUCACAGGCAAUUUUUGCUGUUUAAUCAUACAUUCAGAAGGAAUAAAAAGGAGUUCAUCAAGAAUAGGAUCGAAAGAACACAUCCACCAUUGAGGUUGACCGGGUAUCAAAUUUGGGAACGCGUGCAAGAGUUUUCAACUGUUGUUCAAAACCCUCACGGCACAACUUUUGCGUACGGAUGUACACAUAAGUGGACUAAACGCAGUUUAUUUUGGGAUCUACCAUAUUGGAAUUCCCAUCUUAUUCAUCAUAAUCUUGACGUCAUGCACAUAGAGAAGAACGUUUUCGACAAUGUCAUAAAUACCGUGAUGGAUGUCACUGGAAAAACAAAGGACAACUUGAACACAAGAAAAGAUAUGAGGGAUAUUUGCGAUUGACCAACACUAGAUGCGGAUGAAAGCAGCAGGGGACCGAAACCCAAAGCAGUUUAUACAUUGGACAAGGAGCAGAGACGGGUCGUUUGUCAAUGGUUGAAAUCGGUGCGAUUUCCUGAUGGAUAUGCUUCUAAUCUCGGCAGAUGCGUUGAUAUGAAUGAAUGCAAGUUGACAGGUCCCGUCCAAUUUCGAUGGAUGUAUCCAUUUGAGAGGUUCUUGUAUCAUUUAAAGAAAAAAGUGAAGAAUAAGGCAUGUGUCGAAGCUUCAAUUUGUAAUGCAUAUAUUGUGGAAGAAGUGACAACAUUUGCAUCAUACUAUUUUGAGCCGCAUGUGCAAUGCAAGAGGCGGAGAGCUGGAAGAAAUUACGAGGGUCCCAUUUAUCCCAAUUG